UUAGAUCGCCUUACGAUGGAUGUACCUCUGACUACCCUAUUAGGAUAUAGUCUGAUUGAGAGCGCAUUUGACAUCAUGAAGUUGUUGGUGCUGGUUCUUCUAGCUACGGCGGUGCUCGCCAAGCACGAGAUAUACCAAGGGUGGAAAUCCUAUUAUCUAGGACCCUCAACCACCGUGCAGCUUAGCACCUUAGCGACCUUAUUCGACCAAUAUGAAGUAGAUGUUCUCUCACACCCUGUACUCCAGAGGGAAGGAGUGGUCCUGGUCAAACCAGAAUUCCAAGGACCCUUUACUAAGGCUUUGGAUACAGUGGGCAUUAACUACAGAGUACACGCCGAUGAUGUCAAAAAAGCCCUCGAUAUCGACGAUGAAAAUAUCGCCAAAAAGAAACAGCAGUCCAGAACAAGGAACAAUGGUGCUCAACUGCCUUACGAUAAUUACCAAGAAUUGGAUGUGAUUUAUGAGUACCUCAGAAAUGUAGCAGCGAAGUAUCCGGAUACCGUAACCUUGGUACAGCCAGCGAGCACCUUCGAAGGGCGCCCUAUGUACUACCUGAAGAUUUCCACCACUAACUUCGAAGACGAGUCAAAGCCUGUUAUUUUUAUUGACGGAGGUAUCCACGCCAGAGAAUGGAUUAGCCCUCCAUCGGUCACCUGGGCUAUUCACAAGCUAGUGGAAGAUGUCACAGAACCUGAUCUUCUGGAGAGAUUCGACUGGAUCCUGCUACCGGUUGUCAACCCAGACGGUUACAGCUUUACCUUCAGCCAUAGUCGUUUCUGGCGCAAGACUCGUUCAACCGACCAGCACAGCCUGAGCUACCUCUGUCCAGGAGUCGAUGGUAACCGCAACUAUGACUUCGCGUGGAACACCGUUGGCACCAGCAACAACCCCUGCACAGACAUAUUCGCUGGUGGUAGUCCCUUCUCCGAAGUCGAGACCAGAGUGGUUCGGGAUAUCCUCCAAGAGUACCUUCACAGGACCGCAUUGUACCUAACCAUGCACAGUUAUGGAAGCAUGAUCCUUUAUCCUUGGGGACAUGAUGGGUCCUUGUCCCAUAAUGCGUUUGGACUCCAAACUGUAGGCGUCGCUAUGGCUGAGGUAAUCGACUCAAAAUCACUGCCUAACUUCCCGAAAUAUAUUGUUGGCAAUUCCGCUCUGGUGCUCAACUAUGCUGCUUCCGGGGCUGCAGAGGAUUACGCUCACUCUAUUGGAGUUCCCCUGAGUUACACCUAUGAACUGCCUGGUCUCAGUUCUGGCUUUGAAGGCUUCCAUCUAAACCCUAUAUACAUUGAACAGGUGGUCCAAGAGACUUGGGAUGGUAUUGUGGUUGGUGCAAGAAGAGCUGGUGACUUGUUCCCGGGGAGAAAAUGAUAUAUUUAGUUAUAUAUAAUUAAAUUUUUUAACGUAA